UCAUAGCAGUAGCUGUGAAGUGGCCUUCAAGACCCUCUGAAAGGAGGUCUAUGCCUGCUGUUUUUCUCUACCCCCAAAGACCUUCUCUUGCCAAUUUGUGCCCAGUGUUCAGCCCAUGGUUUUUGCUGUAUGGUCUUGAAAAACGAGGGAUUUGUGUACUUUGGGGGAACUGAUUGGAGAGCUGGAAGUGGAACAGUGAGGUUGUCCUGGCCCGAAGGGAGGCAGGGCAGAGAGAUCUCGGGUCUGAGCCCAGCAGUCCCGAGGCCUGAUGAGAAUUAAGACACCUGAUCUCCCUGCUGGGCUUCGUUGGAAUCCUGAAAGGAGCCAUCUUUGCCGGUACCAAUUUCUUGUCCCAAUGGAGACAGAAUGGUCUACAAAAUCAGCAACUUGAGGGAGGCCCCCAGGUCCCACUUUUCUCGCAGCCCUACAGACCCUGAUUUCUGCAAAGGGCGGGUUGAAGCUUUGCAGGAGGUGUACGGGAGAGCGGGAGAGCAGGUGACCCCCGAACUCUCCCGUCGAACCACAGUCCUGCACUGAUUGGACCUGGAGAACCUGCGGUGAUGGGGUCCAGGUUGAAUAGACUGAGUUACCUUGAGCCCCACCUUGGCCCGCCCCUAUACGGCCUGCUGUGCUGCAGGUCGGGUCUCCGCGUUCUACUCUUUCCCCGCCUGGGCCCACAACCGAAGCGCCCCGCAUCUCCUGCCUGGCGGGGUGCCCGGCUCUGGUCACCGCUGACCUACGGCUCCCCCUCCCCACCACUGACGCCACAAAGGCUCCGCCCGGCUCGGCUCCGCCCCGCUCAGCUCCAGCUCUUGUGGGGCCUCCUUGCUCCCUUCAGGAGCCAUGGACGCCGUGGAGCUGGCCAGAAAGCUGCAGGAAGAGGCCACCUGCUCCAUCUGCCUGGACUACUUCACGGACCCGGUGAUGACCUCCUGUGGACACAACUUCUGCCGCAAGUGCAUCCAGAUGACCUGGGAGAAAGGCAGAGGCAAGAAAGGAAGGAGAAGGCAGAGGGGCUCCUUCCCCUGUCCUGAGUGCCGAGAGCUGUCCCCCCAGAGGAACCUGCGGCCCAACCGCCUGCUGACCAAGAUGGCCGAGAUAGCCCGGAAGCAGCCAGGGUACCAGAGCAGUGACCUGUGCCCGGUGCACCGGGAGCUGCUGAAGCUCUUCUGCCAGGAUGACCAGGCCCCCAUCUGCGUGGUCUGCAGGGAGUCCCGGGAGCAUCGGGCCCACAGGGUGCUGCCCAUUGAGGAAAUUGUGCAGGAGUACAAGUUGAAGCUGAAGGGAGACAUGGAGUACAUGCAGAAGGAGAUGGCGAAAACCAGGAGGUUUCAGGCGGAGGAAGAGCAGCGUUUGGCUGCAUGGCAGGAGAAGGUGGAAGCGAGACGGCAGCGCAUCACAGCCGAGUUCCAGAAGGUGAACCUGCUGCUAGCAGAGCAGCAGCAGCAGCUCCUGCAGGUGUUGCAGCAGGAAGAGGAGGAGACGAUGGCCAGGCUUCAGGGCUCCAAGGAGGCACUGGAGCAGCAGGGCGAGGCCCUGGAGAUGCUGCUGCUGCAGCUGGAAGAGCAGGAGGGCCAGGCACCCCUGCAAAUGCUCCAGGAUAUGAAGGACAAGGACCCCUUAAAUAGGAAGAAAAGUGUGAACGUGCAGUACCCAGAGACCACGGCCAUUGAACUGAGGACCAUCUGCAGUAUCCCUGGGCAGAUAGAAGUCUUUAGGAGUUUCCAAGAAGAGGUGCUGCCGGACCCCGCCACAGCCUACCCCUACCUCCUGCUGUACGAGAGCCGCCAGAGGCGCUACCUGAGCAUGGCGACCGACGGCUCAGCCUGCAGCCAGGACAGGUUCUUGGCAUACCCCUGCGCUGUGGGCCGGGAAGCAUACUCCUCGGGGCGCCACUACUGGGAGGUGGGCAUGAACCUUGCUGGCGAGGCGCUCUGGGCUCUUGGCGUGUGUCGGGAUGAUGUGAGCCGGAAGGACCGGGUCCCCAAGUCCCCGGAGAACGGGUUCUGGGUAGUGCAGCUGUACAAAGGGCAGAAGUACCAGCCUGUGGUGCCAGCUUUGGCCCCCAUCACGCUAACUGAGCCCCCCAGCCAGAUGGGCAUCUUCCUGGACUUCGAAGCUGGCGAGGUGUCCUUCUACAGACUGAGUGACGGUUCACACCUGCACACCUACACCCAGGCGGUCUUCCCCGGCCCUCUGCGCCCUUUCUUCUGUCUCGGGGCCCCUAAAUCGGGCCAGAUGAUCAUCUCGACUGUGACACUGUGGGUAAAGGGUUAGGAUAGGGUUCUGGCCAAGUCCACUGCCCUGGUCCUGGGGCGGGCAAGGCUAUCCUGGGAUCUGAGCACAGCUGGUACAGAAAUCACGAAUAAACAGAACAGGUUGAACCUG